UACUAAAAUAAAAAAGGGUAAAUUAUCCAACUGCCAAACAAAAAUUGAAAGGCGGAGAUCCAAAUAAACGGUUCCAUGUUACCACCACUCCUCUCUCUGCACGUUUUACAACGCAAUCGCCACCUCCGCCGCUGUUGAUCAGAGUGAAUAUAGCUUUAGAAAAAUAAUGGACCGGCUAACUGUCAAUGCACGCCUCAUGAUUGUCUCUGAUCUUGAUCAUACGAUGGUUGAUCAUCAUGAUCCCGAGAAUCUCUCACUUCUUAGAUUCAAUACCGUGUGGGAAGCAAAUUACCGUGGUAACUCUUUGCUAGUGUUCUCCACCGGGAGGUCACUCACACUGUACAAGGAAUAGAGGAAAGAGAAGCCCAUGCUAACCCCUGAUAUCACAAUAAUGUCUGUGGGGACUGAAAUAACCUACGGUAACUCUAUGGAACCGGAUAACGGUUGGGUUGAAUGUUUAAAUCAGAAAUGGGAUAGGAAUAUAGUUCUUGAAGAGACAAGCAAGGUUUCAGAGCUUACUCUUCAGUCUGAGACAGAGCAACGACCACACAAAGUGAGCUUUUAUGUUCAGAAAGACAGGGCUGAAGAUAUUACAAGAUCUGUUUCGACUUGCUUAAAAGAACGUGGGUUGGAUGUCAAAAUAAUAUAUAGUGGAGGUAUGGACUUGGACAUUUUGCCUCAAUGUGCUGGAAAAGGGCAAGCACUUGCUUAUUUGCACGAUAAGUUUAAGGCUGAGGGCAAAUUACCUGAAAACACACUUGUUUGUGGUGACUCUGGAAAUGAUGCUGAUCUAUAUACUAUCCCAGAUGUACAUGGUGUCAUGGUCAGUAAUGCCCAGGAAGAAUUGCUGCAGUGGCACGGUAUAUAUGCAAAAAACAAUCCUAAAAUAAUUCAUGCAAAGGAGAGAUGUGCAGCGGGUAUUAUAGAAGCCAUCGGCCACUUCAAUCUAGGUCCAAGUAUAUCUCCUAGAGAUGUUACAGACCUAUCUGAUUCUAAGUUAGAGACCUUCGAUCCUGCUUAUGAAGUAGUGAAGUUUUACUUGUUUUAUGAGCGGUGGAGACUUGCUGAAGUUGAAAAUUCGGAGCUUUAUUUGGCAAAUCUGAAGGCAGUUUGUGAUCUAAACUUCUUGAUUCCUGUCACAUAUAUUCACCAGAGAUCUUUGGCUUUACAUGUUCAUCCAACAUUUUUAUUUUAAAUAGAACUUAUGUUUCCUUUGUUGCUUCAUUAGACCAAUUCUGCGACAAUCACUUCAUUCUUAAC